CCACCGCUGGGACGGGGAUUCCUCUCUCGAUGACUCGGGCUUUCACUGCAACUUAAGAGCACAGACUGAUCCGGAACCACCUGCGCUAUUAUCAAUUCAAGCAUCGCCGAUAUGACCACCCAGCACGCGCCGGCAGGCCAUUGGGGCGUCAAUAAUCCCAUCCCCAAUAUCCAGCGGUUCGUAGAGAGCUUGGACAAGGACAAAAGAGAACGGGACAGGAGGAUCGAUGAGGAAGAACGCCAAAAGCGACAAGCGGAGAGAGAAGGGGGAGCGGUCCCCCACGGACAGCAGGAUUCCUCCAAGCACAAGGGCACACGAAAGGUGACCGACCCCACGACAGGCAAAGAGGUCGAAAUCGAGGAUGUGGGACGAGAUCUCGUGAAAGAAUCGAAGGACCCAGAUCUUUCGGUUCCCAAUGCCAACCUGAACAAGCCAACGCCCAUCAAGACGGAGCCUACACAGCCGCUACCGGAAUACAAGCACAACCAGGAUGUCACCGCACCGCCAGACCCCAUCGCCGAGGGGACAACAUCGGACGUCCCCAUUCGGGGUGAGAAGACCAAUGUCCUAUUCCAUCCUACGCCGUCCAUUACAUACCAGCCAAUGUUCGAGACCCUGGAGAAACGGGCUACCGGUCUUUGUAUCGCCACGGUUAUCGGCAUCAUUUUCGUGGGCAAGAUGUUUGGCGGUUCUCUCUGGGGAUUGAUCCCAUUGGCCUCUAUCAUCUCUUCAGGGACUUUCUUGUGGAUGAAGGAAGUUAUCAGGAGUGGCCGCGAAAUGGAGUGGAGUAGUGAACAGCUGCGCGGUGAGACGGCAACGGCAAACCUGCUACCGGAGUCUGUCGAGUGGAUGAACACGUUCCUGACCGUUGCAUGGGGUCUGAUGAACCCAGAUAUGUUUUCAGGCAUUGCGGACACUAUUGAAGAUAUCAUGCAAGCAUCUGUUCCGAGUGUCAUUGAGAACGUCCGUGUUGCGGAGAUUGAUCAGGGAAACAACCCAAUCCGUAUCCUCAGCCUUCGUGCCCUCCCUGAUAGUCACGUCAAGCAGCUGCAGGAAAAUGCUCACGAAGAGAAUAAGAAAAACAAGGAUCCUCAAGCUGCCGCAGCUGAUGAGGAGGGAGGCGACUACUACAAUCUGGAAGUCUCGUUUGCCUACCACGCCAAGCCAAGCGAAGGAAGUAUGGCGUCCAAGGCCCGCAACAUGCACAUGGAACUGGUCUUCUACCUUGGAGUGAAGGGCCUCUUUGGCGUGCCCCUGCCGGUCUUUGCGGAGUUGAUUGAGAUGGUAGGGACCGUUCGAUUGCGGUUGCAGAUGACACCACAGCCCCCGUUUGCGAAGAAUUUGACAUUCAGCUUCAUGGGAUUGCCUCACAUUCGCGCCGGUUGUACUCCUAUGGUCCGGAGCGGUGUCAACAUCUUGAACCUUCCUCUCAUCUCCAACUUUGUCAACUAUGCCAUCGGCGCGGCUGCCAGUCUCUAUGUGGCCCCCAAGUCCAUGUCGUUGGAUCUGAGCAUGCUGCUGAAGGGAGACGACAUCCAGAAGGACACCGACGCCAUAGGCGUCAUGUGGGUCCGAAUCCAUCGAGCGAUCGGUCUCAGCAAGCAGGACAAACGCGGUAGCGAAGGUGGCGGCAGUGAUCCUUACAUCAACCUGUCGUUCUCCAAAUAUGGAAAGCCCAUGUACUGUACCAGGGUGAUCACAGACGACCUGAAUCCCAUCUGGGAGGAAACAGCAGCACUGUUGGUGACGCCAGAGUUAAUAAAAGCGGACGAGCAGCUCAGCGUCGAGCUAUGGGAUUCUGACCGGAAUACAGCUGACGACAUCGUCGGGAAGAUCGAGGUGUCCAUCCAGGAGAUGAUCCAGCACCCUGGAAGAAUGUUCCCGCAAGUAUCCAAGCUACAGGGAAUGGAAGCGGGCAGCGAGAUGCCUGGUGAACUGCACUGGGAGGUUGGUUUCUUUGGAAAGCCGAAGCUUCGACCGCAACUGAGGACAGACGGCCAAUCCACAAACCUUCCGGAUACACUCAAGGAUAACCCCAAGUUUCAGGAUGAGAAGGGUGUCAUCACGAGUGACGAAGAGGACGCCGUUGUGCAUACCCCUCCUGACCCUCUGUGGCCCAGUGGUAUCUGCAGUAUCGUCAUUCACCAGAUCGUGAACCUUCAGCUAGAAAACAUCCAAGGAAGCAAAGGUAACAGGAAGAACAGAGAAUACGAGCCUGCCAAGCCCUAUGGUGAGAACAUUGAGGAGCAGGGCAAGGAGCUUCCUAACAGCUAUUGUACCAUCUUGCUGAAUGAUAACUUGGUCUAUCGCACUCGGUCAAAAGCGGUCAGCAGCAAACCCAUCUUUAACGCAGGAACCGAGCGAUUCGUCCGUGAUUGGAGAUCGGCGGUUGUCACUGUCACUGUCCGUGACCAGCGACACCGUGAGCAUGACCCAAUUCUCGGUGUUGUUCCCUUGAAGUUGUCGGAUAUCCUUCGGAAGAGUUCUCAGGUCACUCGAUGGUACCCUCUCGACGGCGGGAUUGGGUUCGGACGAAUUCGCAUUUCGCUUCUGUUCCGAAGUGUUGAAACCAGGCUCCCACCGAACAUGCUGGGAUGGGACGUUGGAACUUUCCAGUUCACGUCCGAUCGCGUCACUGCGGAGAAUUAUGCGCAUUAUGCUAAGAUCAAGCUACGUACGGGCGGAAGCACUGGCAAGAUCUCCAAGACUGUGGCCCAUGUGGACAGUGGGAACACCUACUACGACCUCAACCGGAGGUCUGGCAAAGAUCGAAUCAAGUUGCCUGUCAAGCACCGUUACCGCUCUCCAGUCGUUUUUGAAUUCCACAAUGCGCACACUCGAGGUACCGAUGCCUAUGCAGUUCUCUGGCUACAACACCUCGUCGACGGUGAGGACACUCAAAUUGACAUUCCCAUCUGGACAACCAAGAAUGGCCGCCGGCUCACCCAGAACUACGUCACGGAGGAGAACUGGAAGGCCAAGGAGGUACCCGGUCUAGAAGACCUCCAAGAAGUGGGUCGUCUGAAGUUCAGCUGCAAGUUCACCGCCGGGAUCGACGAAUCUCACGAGAGCUUCGUGGUGGACAAUGAUUCUCGCGAGACAUUCGAGACAUGGGAGACUUGCGUUGCAGAAGGCGUCCGCGAGCGUCAUGUUCCCGCCGAGAUCCCGGAGGAGGUUCAGCAACUCCACGAAAAGUCUCUCGUCGAAGGCCGUGACAUUCUAAAAAAGGCGAACCUAGAAGAGCAGAAGCUCUGGCUGGAUAAACAAGGUCACGACUGGAGUGGUGCUUUUGGACAGGAUCCUCGUGCAUACACUGACUCAUUCGGUCGGAAAGCCGCUGAACCGGGCGUUGAAAAGCCUCCCCACGACCCCAUCGUUCCUCCUCCAGUCGAGAAGCCCAGCGAACUCCAGAAACGCGACGGUGACGCUGCCGAAGAAGAAGUCGGCAAUUCGGACUCCAGCGAGACGAGCGAGUCGGAAGAGAGCUCCAACCUGACCAGCAACACCAGCAGCGCAGAUUCCGAAGCACCUAAUGGAGUACCUCGCAGCACCAGCGAUAUCAACAAGCAGAACAAGCGGGCUGAACAUCGUCAACAGCGCGGUCUCAUGCAGUGGAAGCCCGUCCGCAACGCCGUUUUCGCCAAAGACGAGGCCAAGUUCGCCCUACGCAAAGUGAAGAGAAAGAUCGGAAUGGGUGACCUCACUGGCAGAGAGCCUGAUGUUGAAACCGAGACUGGAUCAUAAAUGUGAAUUUGGAACACGAGAAUGAGAAUACGACAAAUGCUGGAAUUAACUCUUAAGGAUACGCCAUGACGUUUCGGAUCUGAUAUUGAUUAUGUUAUCUCAUACCUAUGCUCUGUACUGUACUCUAGUGUAACUUUACAUCUAAUUAAAACUUC